UUUAGCUUGCACAGAGGAUAGAUAUGUAGAGCAGGAAAGAGAGAAAAGGUACAUAAAAUGGCAAUUGGAGGGACAACAUGCCUGAAUGUGGGUAUCAAGAUCCCAUUUGGGUUUCCUGUUUCCAAAAUUACAAGGCUUCUCCCAAAUCCUUCUCUUCGCUCUCAACAUCAGGUUUAUGUAGGGCCAAUCAAGUUGCUGACCUUUUUCCAACUAUAUCACCUGAGGUUUAUCUUAGGAAGGCAAGGUUGGAGGACUGCUGGGAAGUGGAUGAGACUCACUACAGCUCCUUCUUCCCUGAAUAUUCUUUCCCUCUUGAUUUUUUCUUGAGAAUUGAUAGGCUGAUAGCAAUGCUUUUUGGAUUCUCCAUCCCAAAUAGAUGCCAGAGAACUUGUCUUGUUGAUGUUCUUGGAAGCAGAGAUGAAGAGGCUUGCUUGUUAGGUACAGAAGACCUCAAACUUGGAGGAUUUUAUGGACGAUUGAGUCUCAACAAGGUUUACGUGACUGGAAUAUUGAGCGUGGAUACUGUAGAUGAUUUCCUUCUCAGAAAAGGACCAUUAAGGCAUAGAAGGAAAGGGAUUGCGUAUAUAUCAAAUGUUGCGGUACGGAUAAUAUACCGUCGAAAAUGGAUAGCAAAGAAGCUUGUAAUGAAAGCAGAGGCAUAAGCCAAGAGCUGGGGAUGUCGUGCAAUUGCUUUACAUUGUGACACUAGCAACCCUGGAGCCACAAAACUGUAUAUAGGACAAGGCUUCAGAAUCAUCAAAGUUCCAGAAGGGGCAAACUGGCCUCAACCCAGGACUUCCUCUAAUAUCGAGUUUGUUUUCUUGAUGAAAUUACUGGACGUAUAA